ACAAGGAUAAAAACUUCAAGUACUCCUCCAAUCUAUUAUGCACAUUGUUUACGACACAGAUUCCCGUAAACCUUUAAUUUUAGGUUGGAAUAUGAUUGCCAGGUUUCAAUAUCAUGGCACGCUAUUGCUCUACGUGCACUGUACGUUGCAGGAGCAGGAGAAGGAAGGAGCGAGCGAAAGGUAGGAGACUUACCUUUCUCCAAAGAUGUCCCGUAGAAACUUGCUUGUUUCAUUCCAUAGUGUUACACGCCACUAGAAGGAUCGAGGAGGACGGUUAUCAAUCGUGUAACUUAAUUACGAAAUAAUCGUGGUCCAGUGAUAAAUCAGUUUUGCUGAACCGUGUCGGAUACGAGAUCGAGGGUGUAGUGGUUUCUAUCGCGGUUGCUACACUGUACAGUGCACUCAAUGACAGAUCAGUAGAAGAGUUGGUUCUAUGAGCGUGCCACGCAACUAUGAACAGGAUCGAGGACGAGAAACAAACGGAUCUGGCAGAUGUUGCAGAGAAGAGGAUACAAACGCUCCUGAAAGAUGGAGCGAACACCCUUAUGGACUUCCAAUGGCUGCAACCGAACCUGCCGUCUUUUUUCGAUGAAAAGAAGUUCGAACUUGGCCAGAGGAUGUUUUAUAACAACGCUUUCACCAUGAUGAUCGCUAAAUUAUGCGGACUGAUAGUUUUAUUCUCUAUACCGUCGAUCAAGGACGUGCUGAUGUUCACCAGACAAAGUAGCACAACGUGCGCUGCGUUCCGUAGAUACGUUUCCACCAUUUUACACACUUGGACGUGGUACGGAAGAAAAGCUGGAGUUGAACAAGAGUUUCUCGAUUCCCUGAAGAUCGUACGUAAAAAACAUUGCGUAGCUUUUCGGAGAAGCUCGGAAGCUGGCUUCCAGAGGAUCUCGCAACUGGACAUGGCGUUGACUCAGUUCGGAUUCAUGGGUUUCACCAUUUUGAGCGGAGACUAUCUUGGGACGGACAACAGCACCGAGGAACUUGAGGGACUGAUUCAUUUCUGGAGGGUGGUUGGCAGCAUGCUGGGAAUGGAAGACAAGUACAACAUCUGCAACGGCAGCGUCGAAGAGGUGCGAGCCCUCUGCAGAAGACUCCUGGACGACAUCUUCCUUCCCGCGCUCGCUCGUGAAAAUAAGGAUUUCGACAAGAUGAGUCACCUCCUGAUCGAAUCACUAUGGCCAAUAAAUCCUUUCAUCGAACCAAAAGCCUUCGUCGCGUUCACAUUUAUUCUGGCAUCCUCCGCCGCCACGAACAAUAAUCAUUCGUUAAAAAUAAAUACGUCCACCAUGUCGUGGUACAGCAGAUUCAUACUGAAUCUUCAAUUGAUGGUUCAUAAAUACUUGUUGCAACCUACAUAUUGGUGGUCGACGUUGUUCAGGAUGUUCUUUAAUGGUCAGAUGCGUUUGGCUAUGUAUCUGACGGAGAAUUUACCGUUUUUGGCGUUUUGGAGGCUGGGUAUAAAGAACUCUUAUGUUGACAUUUUUAAAUAUCCUGUUAAUUGAGAGUAGGCUUGAUGUUAUUGGUAAGCUUGAUGAGCUUUAUUGAGAGUUUAUUGGAAAAGUUACGCGUUAGGUGCUGUAUUAAUAUUUUUGUAAGAAGAUGUAACGUAGUUUGUAAGAAGUAAG